UUCUGCCAUGUCUCACCUGCGGAAGUACCAGGAUGUUCUUGCCAGGGCAGCCCAAGAGCCAGGGAAUCAUGUCGUGGUGCUUCCCACUGGAGCUGGAAAAACCCUGGUCAGCUUUGAAGUGAUCUUUGUAGCUCUCUUGCGGCACCCGGAAAAGAUUGUGGUCUUUCUUGCUCCAACAAUACUUCUUGUGAAUCAACAGCACCAGGAGUUUGACAUGGAAGCCAAGAGGCGCCACCUUGACUUUCAACUGGGGAUCUUAGCAGGUGGCAAGAGAUACAACUUGGGCCGUUGCCACGUUCUCUUCGCCACACCGGCCGCUGCCUCGGAACAAGUCUGUUCCGUGGCGGGGCUGAGCUCGGUAUCACUGCUGGUGAUGGAUGAAGUGCACCAUGCGCAGUCGAAGAAGGACACCGGUCGCCAUCCCUACGCCCAGAUCGCCGCGGCCUACGCGUCCGCACCCCGCUUCGCUCGGCCGAAGCUGCUGGGAUUGACGGCCAGCCCGGCGGAGACCCAGGAGCAGACCAUGCGGUUGCUGGAGCAACUUCAGGCGAAGUUGAUUCAAAUCAAAGACGUGCACUUGCAACAGGAGCUGUCCGAAGCUGUUCCAAAAGCCCAACUGCUGACCCGAGAGGUCCCUUGCAGAAGGGAGUUUUGUGACUUCCUUCGUGAAGCGGAAGGUCAACUUCGACAACUUCAGCGGAAGCUGUCGCAGUUGCAACUGUCCGGCUUGUCCCCUGAAGCUGAUGCCUUCCUUGCAGUGACCCAGCGCUUGAAGCAGAUCAAAGACCUAUCCGCACGUGUGCGAUGCCUUUGUUGGGGGGAAACGGCCAAUAUCAUGGGUUUGCCCAUGCCCGCAGUGGAUGCUUGCUUGAGCCAAGCCUGGGAGAAGCUGGGGUCUUCAGGUGCUGAAGUGUCCCCAUUCUUCGAGAGUUUGUUGGAACUCUUGGGUGUACAUGUCCAUGGGGCUCCAUUGCAUCAGUUCCGUUGCAUCGUUUUCGUAGAAACUCGAUCUGCAGCUACAACGAUGACUCAAAUGUUGAAGUUUGUGGCUGUGAGUGAGCGCACUUUUGCUUGGAUCUCGCCGGUGUGCUUGUUGGGACAUUGUAAAACGAAUGCUGAAUCGAUGACAAUGGCCCAGCAAAACGAGAUCCUUCGCAACUUCAGAGAAGGGAAGACGAAUGUCAUGGUGGCCACCUCCGUCGCGGAGGAGGGCAUCGACAUUCCAUGCUGCAACUUGGUGGUGCGGAUGGAACCCGCUCAUACGGUGAUCCAAUUCGUCCAAGCCAGAGGAAGGGCAAGGUACAAGACGAGUCACUAUGUGAUCAUGUGUUGCGAGGAUUUUGGUGAAACUGCCGUGGUGUCACAACUGGUCCAGCGGGAAACCGCCAUGCAAAGGUUCCUGGACGACUUGGAGGUGUGCCACGUGGCUGAAAAUUGUUGGAGUACACCGAGCGCUAGAGAACCUGAACCUUUGCUCGCGCUUGAGCCCAGAUCGAAUCAUUCUGAGCAUUUGAUGUUUGAAUCGGAGCAAGAACUUCUGGAAGACUUGGAGGUGAACAUUGAUGAGCUGGUACCCACGCAGGCAACCGUCAAAAAGACUUUCACAGAUGGGAGGAGCCUUUUGCAAACUAUGGUUCAUUUGGUUCAACACCCUGAAGAGUUUCGACGUUUGCCUCCCAUGAGAGCAGCUUCUGGAAUUUCUUGUUUGCUCGGUCGAAGAUCGCCCUUCCAAUCUGAACGGCAAGUGUGGUUUUCGGCGGACAAUCGCAGGUGCUUCGUUUUGAAAGUCGUGGCUCCUUUGUGUCAAAUCUCCACACUUCGGAUCUUGCGGGUGAACUGGACCAACGAAUUCGAUGCCAAGCUUUGA